CGGUUUCCAGGACACCUGUACGUCGUGCGGCGGCUUCCGGCGGCCGGAGGAGCUGGGCCGGGUGGACGGCGACUUCCUGGAGGCGGUCAAGCGGCACAUCUUGAACCGCUUGCAGUUGCGGGGUCGGCCCAACAUCACGCACGCCGUGCCCAAGGCCGCCAUGGUCACGGCUCUGCGCAAGCUGCACGCGGGCAAGGUACGCGAGGACGGCCGCGUGGAGAUCCCGCACCUCGACGGCCACGCCAGCCCAGGCGCCGACGGCCAGGAGCGCGUCUCGGAAAUCAUCAGCUUUGCGGAGACAGAUGGCCUGGCCUCUUCCCGGGUCCGCCUGUAUUUCUUCAUCUCCAAUGAAGGCAACCAGAACCUGUUUGUGGUGCAGGCCAGCCUGUGGCUUUACCUGAAACUCCUGCCCUAUGUCCUGGAGAAAGGCAGCCGACGGAAGGUGCGGGUCAAAGUGUACUUCCAGGAGCAGGGCCACGGUGACAGAUGGAAUGUGGUGGAGAAGAAGGUGGACCUCAAGCGCAGUGGCUGGCACACCUUCCCGCUCACAGACGCCAUCCAGGCCUUGUUUGAGCGAGGUGAACGGAGGCUCAACCUAGAUGUGCAGUGUGACAGCUGCCAGGAGCUGGCCGUGGUGCCGGUGUUUGUGGACCCAGGCGAAGAGUCACAUCGGCCCUUCGUGGUGGUGCAGGCCAGGCUGGGGGACAGCAGGCACCGCAUUCGUAAGCGAGGCCUGGAAUGCGAUGGCCGGACCAACCUCUGUUGCAGGCAACAGUUCUUCAUCGACUUCCGGCUCAUUGGCUGGAACGACUGGAUCAUUGCACCCACUGGCUACUAUGGGAACUACUGCGAGGGCAGCUGCCCGGCCUACCUGGCGGGGGUCCCAGGCUCUGCCUCCUCCUUCCACACAGCAGUGGUGAACCAGUACCGCAUGCGGGGCUUGAACCCUGGCCCUGUGAACUCCUGCUGCAUCCCCACUAAGCUGAGCUCCAUGUCCAUGCUCUACUUUGAUGACGAGUACAACAUCGUCAAGCGCGAUGUGCCCAACAUGAUUGUGGAGGAAUGUGGCUGUGCCUGACAGGGGCAGGCAGGGGCACGACGGCAGUGGUGCUCGGGACAGAGCCCCCCCCCGGGGGGGGGCAGGAGGUGCACAGUGGGCUGAGCACGCUUGUUCCAUCGGGCUGCGGAGAGAGUCAGGUUGGGGCCCUAAAGCAUUUUCUGCUACUCUGUAGAGCAACCAGUCAAACCAGAGGGCAAGCCCUCAACUGACAUGAGACUUUUAAAUGCACACAUAGACCCGCACAGCCAGACGCAUCCUGCCACCCACACAGCAGCCUCCAGGAUACCAGCAAGUGGAUGCGGAGACAAAUGGCAGCUUAGCUACCAAGGCCUGUCAGUGGGAGAGAAUGGGGUGAGCAACCACCAUUCCCACCAGCUGGCCUGGCCACUCUGAAUUGCGCCUUCUGAGCACACAUAAAAGCACAAAGACAGAGACACUGAGAGAGGGAGAGAGAGAGAAAGAGGGAGGGAGGGAGAGAGAAGAAAGAGUGCCACUGAGAAGAAAAGCAGGGUGAGGAAUGUGCAGCCAGGCAGAGGGCUGUGCGCUGUGCGUCCCCUUGACCGGUACCGGGCCUGCUCACUGCCUCAGCUCCUGCUGGAAAUAUGUUUGCUUCCUUCACACUCUUGGAGAGGGAAAAUGGUCCAGGAAGGAUACCACCUGUCAGACCAUGGCACAGGACAAUGACUCUGACUGUCAUUGGCUCCCUGACAUGACUAUGUGUGUGUGUGUGUGUGUGCGCGUGCAUGUGCACGUGUGCGUGCAUGUGUUUGUGGGGUGGGGAGGGAGGGAGAGGAGAGGGGUCUCAAUCUGAUGCUUUAACUGAUCUCCAGCAGCUGACAGGUCAUUCGUACCAGCUGUAGAACUGAAAAGAGACUUAUCUAUCAGUUAUCACUUUUAAGUGAAAACCCCAAUUGUUCUAAAUAAGAAGAAGAAAGUUGCAAUCUGUGCCCUUUGCUGGGGACAUUCCUCUAGGGCUGCUCGGGGACGGGGGAGAAUAACCACUAGUAAAAGGGAUGAGCCCAGAGGAGGCCAUUGUGGGGUAGGGGAUUCUGGAAACACAGGUAGGGGUUUUCCUAGUGCGGGAGUGAGAAAGAAGAGCUGCUUGGCUGGUCUUGGAGAGAUGAGGAAGGCCUUCAGCUGCUUUGCAGAAGUUGCCCGUGUGGGUGGGCCCUGGCCAGCAGAGCUGGCUGUGGAUGUGGCCCCUGCCUGCUCACCUGCCUGCCCGCCCGCCCCGCAUAGCACUUGCAGACCUGCCUGAACGCACAUGAUAUAGCACUUGCCGAUCUGCGUGUGUCCAGAAGUGGCCGUGGGAAUAGUGCUGAACUGGCUUUCCCCAUACAUGUCCAAGUGCCACGUGAACUAUGCAAUUUAAAGGGUUGACCCACACUAGAUGAAACUGGACUCGUACAACUCUUUUUAUAUUUUUUAUACUUGAAAUGAAAUCCUUUGCUUCUUUUUUAAGCGAAUGAUUGCUUUUAAUGUUUGCACUGAUUUAGUUGCAUGAUUAGUCAGAAACUGCCAUUUGAAAAAAGAAGUUAUUUUUAUAGCAGCAAAAAAAGAAUACAGUUAAAUGUAUUAUACAUAAUUUUGGAACCAAAGAGGCCAACAGAUCAGUUUUAAUUUUUAUUAGAUGGUGAGGCCAUCUUACAUGAGGUAGACAUUCUGAACAAUCCUUUGAGUGGCCUGCCAAUGUUUCAGGGUAUAAAUGGAUUUUGUUUAUUCAGUUUGAUGUGUCUUUUCUAUCCUUACACACCCAGAAGGUAGAGUAAAAAUGACUGUGGUAGAAUGCAGGUGUGUAUCCUUAAAUCCUCAUCUUUAUGUUUAUUUAAUAAAGCUCCCCUUAGGUUCUGUUUCAUAAUAAUUUAAAACCAAACAAUUUCCCCGUAGACUGGCUGUUAAAGUAUUUUGCGUUCGUGUACAGUUUAAGAAAAUAAAAGAUUGAGUGCCACAGGC